AUGUCACCUUCGGCUCUCCACAACGAGACCUUCGAUGAGGAUGUUCCGAUCCUGAUUAUUGGCGGUGGACCAUCGGGUCUACUUUUGGCAUUCAUGUUAGAGCAGCUCGGCGUCCGAUCACUGAUUGCUGAAAGAUAUGCGACCAGGUUGGCGGCCCCCAAGGCCCAUGCCCUGAGUCCCCGGUCCCUCGAGAUGUGUCGCCAGUUCGGGCUGGAUGUGAACGAGAUUCGCAAGCUCGGGACGGCUCGCAAAGAGGCCUACUGGGUCAACUUUAUCACAAACUUGGCCGGUGAACACGUCGGCAAAUUGCCCUACGAACGCAUGGACGCGGAAGUUCUUAAUAGCACCCCUACUAUGAUUCACAACAUCCCACAGCCUGCUUUCGAAGAGCUGAUUGCCAAGAGGCUAUCCAAGAGCAACUUGGUCGAGAUUCGCAAGAACCACACCUUUGUUGGCUUGGAACAGUUUGAUGAUCAUAUCAUCACAGCAAUCCAGGACCGCGAUUCAAAAGAAGUAUACAAAGUCCGCUCCAGGCAUGUGGUUGCCUGCGACGGCGCAAAAAGUGCGGUGCGCAGCUUUCUCGGUAUCAAAAGCGAGGGCGAGGAUUCUUACGAAACAAUGAUGACCAUCCACUUUAACGCGGACCUACGUCCCAUCGUGAAGGAGCAGGUCGGCAUGCUCCACUGGGUGAUGGAUCCUUUGGUAUCUGGAUUCAUCAUCGGCUAUGACUUGUCGGGAAACCAAGUUCUGAUCUGUAAUUUUGACUCCAAAAAAUGGCCAGUCGAAUCGUGGAAUGAAGAGCACUGCCGCAAGGUCGUCGACGCUGCCAUCGGUGCGAAUGUCAAGUACGACAUUCUCAGUUUCCGUCCCUGGAUACUGAGCCGAAAGGUCGCCAAGUCCUACCGUGACGGACAGGUCUUCCUUGCUGGUGAUGCCGCUCAUUCCUUCCCUCCCACUGGAGGCCUAGGCCUGAACUCCGGGCUCGGGGACGUCCACAACCUGGCGUACAAGUUGGCCGCCGUGCACCAUGGCUCCGCCACGGACGCGUUGUUGGAUACAUACGAAGCCGAGCGUCGUCAGGUUGCCUUGGUAAACUCACAACAGAGCGUGAAGAAUGGAAAGAAAAUCUUCGGGUUGCUAAAGGCACUCGGCACUACUGAUCCUGAUGUCGACGUUGCUCGGCACAACCUAUACCAGACAAUCCAUGAUGAAAGGGCUAUGGUUGAGAUCAGCAAGGGCAUUGAGGAUCAGCGCGAGCAUUUCGACAACCUCGGCCUGCACAUCGGUUACGUGUACGGCGACAAGCGCAUCCCCGACAACGCAUCCGCGUAUGAGCCAUCUGCGUGCCUGGAGCUCGUGCAGCUUCCUGCCAUUGACUCGUCAUAUAUUGGUGCCGAAUCGCAGGAGGUAGCGGAAAUGACAUACUCUACGCUAGAUCUGUGUCGCUUUGACAGUUUCACUGUUCUGGUAGACGAGAAGUCCUCCUCACAUUUCACGUCCGCAGUUCAAACGGCACUCAAGCAGGUUCCUUUAAGUGUGGCCGCUAGUAUAUCGCUUCAAGUGGUGAUCAAAGGGGUGGACUUCUCGUUGCAGCCGGGUCAGGACAAAUGGGAUGAUGUGGUGCCUUUGAACCAAGGCCAGGCGGUGUUGGUGCGUCCAGAUCAACAUGUUCUAGCUAUCUUGGACCGCAAUGCUGGCACAGCGCACAUUGUACAGGCUUUGAGGAGUCAUUUGGCCUGGUAG